UGUGUUGUUAUUGUAUGUUUUUUUUUUGCCCAGCCAUUUACUCUCGUUUUUAGUGAUAUCGAUAUUUUAUUAUUAUUCGGUUAGUCUCGACUCAUCGAGGGAUAGGAACAGGGGGGGAAUAUAAACAGAAACAGGAAGACCAAACCAGGUUUCAAGUUAUUUGUAAAUUUCACUCCAUUUCUAAUUUGUUGAAGAGAGAAACACACUUUCUGGCCACCAUGUUUCUGCAUCCAAGGUCGUUUCCCGACGAUGACCCGUCGGAUGACGAGCGGCUGGGUCGCGGCGCCGACGGCCGCUCUCGGGGCAGUAGCGGUAGCUCGACCGACAGCAGCUUGGAGCGGAACGAGUUUCAUUUCGGGAUGACCACGGAGGAGGAGAUUGACCAGGCGGUGGCCGAGUGCAAGCAGUCGAUCCUGGCGUCUGCGCAGGGCUCGGACGAGCGGCGCGCGCUGGUGCGCCGGCUGGUGGAGCUGCGGCUGCGGCGGCUCGAGCUGCGCGACGGUCCCGAGCCGCCGCUGCCGGACGGCGAGCUGGAGGUGCGCGGCCACCGGCUGCAGCCGCAGCGCAUCGGCCAGCGCCGGCUCUACUGCCACGGCUGUGCCGGCGUCAUCGUGGUGGUGCUGCACCGCUGGUACCACUGCCUGGGCUGCGGUAUCGACUUGCACUCGAGCUGCCUGUCCGAGAUCCACCGCAACUGUGCCGUGGAGCGCGUCAGGGACAACCCCACCUUCGAGAUGCGCAUCAAGCCGGAGCGCGGCCUGGGCGCGCAGUCGUUCCGCUGCGCCGACUGCGCGCGCGUCAUCAUGAUCGUGCCGGAGCCGAACCCGCCGGGUUUUCCGGCCGGCACGGAGGUGCUGCACGCGCGGAUCUGCGACUACACGGGCCUCUACUACUGUUCGCUGUGUCACUGGAACGACCUGGUCGUCACCCCGGCGCGGAUCGUGCACAACUGGCGCUUUGACAAACACCCGGUGUCGUGUGGCAGCCGGGAGUUCCUGGAGGCCAUCUGCAAUAAGCCCAUCAUUAACCUGGAGGAAUGCAACCCCCGGCUCUUCAGCUUCCUGGAGGAGCUGCGACACAUCAAAAAGCUGCGGGAGGAGGUGCUGCUGAUGAAGCAGUACUUUAUGUCGUGUCGCGCCGCGCAGCAGGCCCGCAUUCUGCGCGCGUUCGGCGAGCGGCAGUACUUUGUGGAGACGUCCUACCUGUACAGCCUGCGGGACCUGUGCGAGGUGCCCACCGGCGAGCUGCUGGAGUUUCUGCUCGCGGUGCACGCCAAGUUCGCCCGGCACAUCCGGGAGGAGUGCGAGACACUAACCGCCUCCACUCUCCCAGGCGUGUCGCGGCAAGGGUCACAUCUGCGAGGUGUGCAGCUCCAGCGAGGUUCUGUUCGCGUUCGACGCGCUGGUGGUGCCGUGCCCGCGCUGCCGCCGGGUGAUGCACCAGCACUGCUACGUGCGCCGCGACGGCCGCUGCCCGCGCUGCGCCCGGCUCGACGCCCGCCAGCUGAGCGAGACGGAUGGGGAGCGGCCGGACGGCGAGCGGGCCGGAGCCGGGGCCGCGGCGACGGCGGCGGGCGCGCCGGAACCGGACGGGGGAACGGAGAGAGCGACCGGAGGAGCGGAGAGAGCGACUGGAGGGACGACUGCGGUGAAAACAUGGGCAGAAGCGCUGGAGGAGAGCCGCGGUGCCGUCAGAAAACAGAGAGUGCAGGGGGACGAGCGGGGCGGUCUGCGGCGGCAGGGAGCCGAGGAGGCCCCCGAGCGGGGCACUGCGGGAGGACAGAGUGGGCCGCGGGGCGCCGCAGGGGCGCCGCCGCUGCCGAGAGGACACCGGUAGGGGUGCGUGGGCGGAUGGAGCGCCGUCGCCGUGUGGAGGACGAGUCUGUUUGCUUGAUUGUGAGUUGGCAGUGUUUGUCGAUCAGCUAUGGAGGAACUCGAUUGCUGAUGCUGGCUGUGGUGAAAGGGUUCGAUAUAAUGUAUUGGCUGUGUGGUUUGGAGUGGUCCUGGCCUGUGUUCAGUGGGUGGACAUUGGCUGUGUUAAUCCAUGAUUUGUACUCGCGAGCCAGUCAGUUAUUCUUACCUUGUGAUAUUUAGGGAUGCCUUGUUGCAUUGGUGUAUGUGAAUGCUAGUCUUUUCAGAAUAAGGGUUCAAAUAAGAGUAUUAAGCAAAUUAGAGGUAUCAUGUGCUGCUCUAAGCAUGCGUUGGAGGUCCUCUCAUUUGUAGCCAAUCUCUGUAUUGUGCUAUUGUUAAACUGAUUAUGAACAGAGCAUGUUAAUCAUUUAUUAUUUUUUAAUUCAAGUGAUUGCAUAAUAAGCUCUUAGUCUCAAUAAAAUAUUUAUAUACCAAU